AUGUUGGGCCAUUUGGGCCCGGGCCCUCGGCCCAAACGGCGCCGCUUCGAGUUUCAGCCGGGAGAUGUUGUUGUGAAGAUCCUGGUGAGCCCGGCCACGGCCAGCAAGAUCAUUGGCACCGGCGGUGCCGAGGUCAAAGCUCUGAGGGCCCAGAGCGGGGUAACCCUGCACAUUUGGGAGAACAAGUUCAUGGGCACGGGUCUCCAAGUUGUGGUCCUCGGAGGUCCGCGACCAAGUGUAGACCAAGGCUUGGCAUUCGUGAUGGAGAAGUUGGCGGAGGAAGCACUGUCGAGCUCAGUUGAGAUCGUCGCACAGCUGUUGCUAACUCGCAACACGGUGUCCAAGAUCAUCGGUGCCAAGGGGGCGAACAUCCAACAGCUACGGCAGGAGUUCGGUUGCCACAUAGAGGCCGAAAAGCUCACCCACAACGGCGAACAGGUGUUAAAUGUCAACGGGCCGAAUGAGAUGCUGCAGGGGCUCCUUCUGAGACUCACUGAGCUCGUGGAAGGGUCUGGGGAUUCCCAGCAAGUGGCCAACAACGAGUAUGGCACAGAUGCAGGGUUUGUCGGAACUUGGAAAGGCAAGGGUUCAGGUCCCAAGGGGGUCUUCGGUGAUUUUGGCGGCGGCAAGGGGGGUGAAUUUGGCGGAGGUGGCAAGGGAGGUGAUUGGGGCGGUGGCGGAAAGGGAGGUGACUGGGGCCACGGCAAAGGAAUGGGGGCCCUGGCCCCAGCUGCUCCGAUGGCCGGCAGCAAGGGCAACAAAGGCUUUGACGGCUACGGGCAGGGCCACUACGGGCAGUACGGGGCCCAGGACACCCAGGUGGAGUUCCUGCAGGCCGAGCAAGACCCGGCGGUGUUAGCCAGCGUCUCCACCAUCCAGUUCGCGAUUCCUGUGGAGUCCGUGAGCCGUGUUUUGGGCAAGGGCGGCAUCUACUCCAAGGAGAUCUCCAGGCAUACGGGAGCCAAGCUGGUGAUUGACCCAGCCGUUCCGGGGGCGGAGACAUGCGUGGUGACCUUGACUGGUCAGGUGGGUGGCGUAAACCGUGCCCAUUGCAUGGUCGUGUCCCGCCUCCUCGCACAAUAUUAA